AUGCAGAGAAUUGGGGUCAGAUUUGACAAAGCUGUCAACAUGGAACCUCACCAAUUAACUGAGUAUGCCAGACAGGAACUUGAGCUCAGAGGUGCAGAGUCCAGGUUUUGCUACUCUACUCCUUGUGGAGGUGGGGAGUAUGAGGUGAGGGAUGGAAAUGUGCACUUCCCAGUGAGGAUUGACACCAGGAGAUGUGGAUGUGGGGUAUGGCAGGUCUCUGGAAUCCCUUGCAAACAUGGUUUGAGGGUGAUUUACAACCAAAGACUUAGCCCUGAAGAUUUUGUGUUUGGCUAUUUCAAGGGUGCUGCCUAUAAGCAGACAUAUGCAGAGCAUAUGCACCCAAUGCCUGACCCCAGUCAAUGGCCAGAGUACUCCCUUCCCACCAUUAAUCCCCCUGGGAUCAAGAGGAGUGCUGGAAGACCCCCUAAACAGAGAAAGAGGAAUGCCAUGGAAGCUAAGAAGAGGAAGAGGCAUACCUCAGUCAAGUGUGGAAAGUGCAAGGAAAUGGGCCACAAUGCAAGGACUUGUAAGAAUGGUGCUGGAAGUUCCAAGGCUCCACCAAAGCAGAGAGCUCCUACAAAGAAGAGGAAGGCAUCAUCUGAUGGUGCAAGUACAUCCAAGGCACCACCCAAGGGGAAAAGGUCAAAGCAAGCAUGA